GAUAGACCAAGUGAGGCUGCUUGGUUUGGAGAUCUUGAUCGGCGCCAGUGCAGGGCUGACAGUGCGCGAGCAGACAAAGAUUGACGAAUGCACGAGGAAGGCGAAAAGGAUCAUCAGGUUGCCGCUUCAGCCGCACCAGCGCCGACAACUGGCGGGGGCAUGUGUGCUCGCAGCGGUCACGUGGCCCUUGGUCCUCAGGAGCCCGACCCAGAAGCAGAGACAAGGAUUGGACACUAUGUUGUCGAGGGCCGUGAGAGGUGACCAGUGGCGAUCCGGGGCCAGGCCGCUGCAGCAGCUCCUCCUGGUUGGCCACACUGCCGACUUUACGCUGCGCUUGCUGGACAGAAUCUGGACGCUGAUGGACGCGAGAAUCCGGCGACGCGGAGCCGCGUACGUCGAGGACGCUUUCAAGCAGUUCUGGAUGAAGGACAAAAGGGCCACCGGGGUCAUGCAGGCCGUGGAUGCGGCGAUGGGAAAGCUAGGAUUUCUAAUGAUGUUGGACGACCAGGACCAUGUGAUCUGGAAAGCGCCUCCAGAGGCAGAUGGGGCCGAGAUCUCCCUGACCAGCCCCAAAGACGCCAGGGACCACCUCAUUCGCGCCCUAUUGCCCACGGGCUACCCGUGCGGCGCUGGAGCGUCAGACCACGAGAUCGCGAUCCUCACGGGCGCGUUCUUCAGCAAUGCGAGACCGGCUAAGAUCAAGGGGCUUCCGAUACCCAAGUGCUUCGGAUGCGACUUGGACGAGGACGACGAUGCAGCGCACACCUUCUGGAGAUGCCCGAGGUUUGCGCGCUGGAGGAGGUUCGUGGCGAUCCCGCCGAACCCGGAGGGGCCG